AUGGCUGGCAUGUCACGGAAACCCCCCAGCAUGUACUGGUGUGUGGGACCAGAGGGGUCAGCUGUGUGUCCAGAGCGUGCCAUGGAGACCCAGCACGGGGCAGUGGGCAUGGGCAGCAAACCAUCCACUCCAGGGAGCAACUGCACAGUGACAUCCCCCCAGACAGAGGGCAUCUAUGCUGCCUACAAGCAGGGUGACCACAGCAAGGCCCAGGACCUGAUCAGAGAGGCUUGUGACCAGAGCACAUCUCAGCUGGAAAAGGGUCAGUUUCUUGCCAUUGCUGCAGCCUAUGGGGACCUGGAGACAGUGCGGUAUCUGCUCAUCAAGAGACGGGUGGAGCUGUCCACAGAGCCGACCGAUGACAAUCCUGCUGUGGUGGCCACACGCUUUGGACACACUGCAGUUGUCCAGGAGCUGCUGGAGUCCCUGCCAGGUCCCUGCAGCUUUCAGCGGCUCCUGAACUGGAUGUUGGCCUUAGCUUGCCAGCACGGCCACCUGGCCAUCGUCAAGCUCCUAGUCCUGACUCACGGAGCUGACCCUGAGAGCUAUGCCACCAGGAAGAACGAGUUCCCUGUCAUCUUGCGCCUGCCCCUCUAUGCGGCCAUCAAGUCAGGCAAUGAGGACACAGCCAUAUUCUUGCUUCGUCAUGGGGCUUUUUUCUGCUCUUACAUCUUGUUGGACAGUCCUGACCCGAGUAAACAUCUUCUCAGAAAGUAUUUCAUAGAAGCCAGCACCUUACCCAGUGGUUGUCCAGGAGAGACUUCCCUUCGUGUGAAGUGGGCCCAUCUCAGGCUGCCCUGGGUGGACCUGGACUGGCUGAUAGACAUCUCGUGUCGGAUCACAGAGCUGGACCUCUCUGCCAACUGCCUGUCUUCCCUACCCUCUGUCAUUCCCUGGGGGCUCAUCAACCUGCAGAAGCUGAACCUGGCAGACAAUCACCUGGGUGAGCUUCCCAGAGUGCAGUCAGCAGACGAGAUCAUCUGUUCCAGGCUCCUGGAGGUGGACAUUUCUGGCAACAAGCUGUCCCAGCUGCCACUGGGGCUACUGCACCUCUCCAGGCUUCAGAAACUGAAGGCUGCAAAAAACUACCUAGAAAAUCUAUUUGAGGGACAAAAUGCCACUAACUGGAUUGGCUUGCGGAAACUUCAAGAGCUUGAUGUUUCUGACAAUAGAUUGACAGAACUCCCUGAACUUUUCCUGCAUUCUCUCAAGUCGCUCACUUGCCUAGAUGCCUCCAGAAACAACCUGAGAGCCUUCCCAGAGCCCUGGGCCUGCCCCCUGAAAUGUUGCAAGGCAUCCAGAAAUGCCCUGGAGUUUCUGCCAGACAAAAUGGCUGUGUUUUGGAAAAACCAUCUCAAGGAUGUGGAUUUUUCAGAAAACACACUAAAGGAAGUUCCCCUGGGACUUUUCCAGCUUGAUGCCCUGAUGUUUCUCAGGCUGCAGGGCAACCAGCUGGGGGUGCUCCCACCUCAUGAGAAAUGGACCUGUAGGCAGCUCAAAACCCUGGACCUCUCUAGAAACCAGCUUGGAAAAAAUGAAGAUGGACUUAAAACAAAGCGUAUUUCCUUUUUCACCACCAGAGGUCGCCAGCAUUCAGGGACUGAAACAGGCUAUGCGCUGGAGUUCCCAGCCUUCCUCAGUGACUCUCUGGAGGUCUUGUGUCUGAAUGACAACCACCUGGAAGUCAUGCCCCCAUCAGUUUGCUCACUGAGGAACUUGUCCGAGCUCUACCUGGGGAACAACCCUGGCCUGCGGGAACUUCCUCAGGAGCUAGGGCGUCUGGGGAACCUUUGGCAGUUGGAUGUUGAAGACCUGCACAUCAGCAACAUACCUGCUGAGAUUCAGAAAGAAGGCCCCAAGGCAAUGCUGUCCUACCUGCGUGCUCAGCUGCGGAGGGCUGAGCGGUGCAAGCUGAUGAAGAUGAUCAUCGUGGGGCCCCCUCGCCAGGGAAAGUCUGUCCUCCUGGAGAUCCUGCAGACUGGCAAGGUCCCUCAGGAAAUACACAGUGAGGCUGCCAUCAGAACCACCAAGUGGGAGCUUCACCGGCCAGCUGGCUCGAAGGCCAAGGUAGAAUCUGUGGAGUUCAACGUCUGGGACAUUGGUGGCCCAGCCAGCAUGGCCACAGUCAAUCAGUGUUUUUUCACGGACAAGGCCUUGUACAUGGUGGUCUGGAACCUGGCACUGGGCGAGGAGGCCGUGGCCAGCCUCCAGUUCUGGCUACUGAACAUUGAGGCCAAGGCCCCAAACUCAGUGGUGUUAGUGGUGGGAACGCACCUGGACUUAAUUGAAGCCAAAUUCCGUGUGGAGAGGAUUGCCACCCUCCGGGCCUACGUGCUGGCACUCUGCCGCUCACCCUCAGGGGCCAGAGCCACAGGCUUCCCAGACAUCACCAACAAGCACUUACACGAGCUCUCCUCCAAGAACCUGGAGGGUCACGAGGAGCUGCGGCACCUCAUCUUCCAGGUCAUCUGUGGCAUGAAGGAUGUGGGCAGCACCAUCGGCUGUCAGCGUCUUGCCGGGAGGCUGGUUCCUAAGAGCUACCUGAGUCUCCAGGAGGCAGUCCUGGCAGAGCAGCAGCAACGUAGCCAGAGCAAUGCCGUCCAGUACCUGACGGACAGGCAGCUGGAGCAGCUGGUGGAGCAGACCCCAGAAAGCGACAUCUGGGACUAUGAGGACCUCCAGGCUGCCAUCAGCUUCCUCAUAGAAACGGGCUCACUCCUGCACUUCCCGGACACGAGCCAUGGCCUGCGGAACCUCUACUUCCUCGACCCCAUUUGGCUGUCCGAGUGCCUCCAGAGGAUUUUCAACCUCAAAGGCUCCAGAUCUGUGGCCAAGAAUGGGGUGAUCCGUGCAGAGGACCUCAGGCUGCUACUGGUGGGCACUGGCUUCACACAGCAGACUGAGGAGCAGUACUUCCAGUUCCUGGCCAAGUUCGAGAUUGCCCUGCCUGUGGCCAAUGACAGCUACCUCCUGCCACACCUGCUUCCCUCCAAGCCUGGCCUGGACACCCACAGCAUGCGGCAUCCCACACUAAACACCAUCCAGAGGGUGUUCAAGAUGAGCUUCGUUCCCAUUGGCUUCUGGCAGAGGUUCAUAGCAAGGAUGCUGAUCAGCUUAACAGAGAUGGACCUGCAGCUCUUUGAAAACAAGAAGAACACUAAAAGCAGGAACAGAAGAUUGACCAUUUACAGCUUUGCAGGAAACCAGAGAAAUCGCUGUAGCACCUUCAGAGUGAAAAGGAACCAGACCAUCUACUGGCAGGAAGGGCUUCUGGUCACUUUUGAAGGGGGCUACCUCAGUGUGGAGUCCUCUGAUGUGAACUGGAAAAAGAAGAAGAGCGGAGGAAUAAAAAUCAUCUGUCAGUCCGAAGUGAGGGACUUUUCUGCUGUGGCUUUCAUCACGGAUCAUGUCAACUCCUUAAUUGAUCAGUGGUUUCCUGCCCUGACAGCCACAGAGAGCGAUGGCACCCCCCUCAUGGAGCAGUGCGUGCCCUGUCCCGUGUGCGAGGCAGCCCGGGCACGGACCUCAGACCACAGUGAGAAGGCCGAGGCUGUGCAGUACUUCGACAUGGAGGACUGUGUGCUGGCUGCCAUCGAGCAGGAUGUCAUCUCCUGCCCCCAACACCCGGACCUCCCUGUGCCCCUGCAGGAGCUGGUGCCCGAGCUAUUUAUGACCGACUUCCCAGCCAGGCUCUUCCUGGAGAACAGCAAGCUGGAGCUCAGUGAGGUGGAGAGCAGCAUCCUGGGCCAAGGCGGCAGCGGCACUGUAAUCUACCAGGCCCGCUACCAAGGCCAGCCUGUGGCUGUGAAGCACUUCCAGAUCAAGACGUUCAAGGACUUCACCAGUGUCCCAGCAGAUACCAUGCUGCGGCACCUGCGGGCCACAGACGCCAUGAAGAACUUCUCAGACUUCCGGCAAGAGGCCAGCAUGCUGCAUGCCUUGCAGCACCCCUGCGUCGUCUCACUCAUCGGCAUCAGCAUCCACCCACUUGGCUUCGCACUGGAGCUCGCUCCACUGGGCAGCCUCAACACUGUGCUGGCUGACAAAGCCAAAGACUCUUCCUUUAUGCCCCUGGGACACAUGCUCACAUUGAAAGUAGCCUACCAGAUCGCCUCUGGCCUGGCUUACCUGCACAAGAAAAACAUCAUCUUCUGUGACUUGAAGUCAGACAACAUUCUAGUCUGGUCUCUGGAUGUCAGAGAACACAUCAACAUCAAGCUGUCAGACUACGGCAUCUCCCGGCAGUCAUUUCACGAGGGUGCCUUGGGCGUGGAGGGCACACCUGGCUACCAGGCUCCGGAGGUCAGGCCCCGCAUUGUGUAUGAUGAGAAGGUAGACAUGUUCUCCUAUGGAAUGGUGCUCUACGAGCUGCUAUCAGGACAACGGCCUGCAUUAGGCCACCACCAGCUGCAGAUUGCCAAGAAGCUAUCCAAAGGUGUGCGGCCUGUUCUGGGACAGCCAGAGGAAGUGCAAUUCCACCGGCUGCAGGCACUCAUGACAGAGUGCUGGGACACCAAGCCUGAGAAGCGACCCCUGGCCCUGUCUGUGGUGAGCCAGAUGAAGGAGCCGACGUUUGCAGUCUUCAUGUACAUGCUGCCCUGUGGGAGGCAGACAUCCUUCUUCUCGUCCCCGGGCCAGGAAUACACCGUGGUGUUCUGGGACGGUAGAGAGGAGGCCAGGAACUACACGGUGGUGAAUACGGAGAAGGGCCUUCUGGAAGUGCAAAGACUGAGCUGCGCAGGCAUGCAGCUAAGCUGCCAGCUGAAGGUCCAGAGCUCCCUGUGGACAGCAACAGAGGACCAGAAGAUCUACAUCUACCACCUCAAGGGCAUGUGCCCUCUGCGUGUACCACAAAGGACACUGGAUACACCAGCUGUUGUCACCUGCUUCCUAGCAGUGCCUGUGAUCAAAAAGAAUGCCUACCUGGUGCUGGCAGGCCUGGCGGACGGGCUGGUGGCCGUGUUCUCAGUGACUCGAGGCACCCCUGAUGACAGCUGUUCCUACCUGUGCUCCCACACAGCCAACAGGUCCAAGUUCAGCAUCCCGGAUGAGGACGCAAGGCAGAACCCCUACCCCGUGCGGGCCAUGGAGGUGGCCAACAGCGGCUCUGAGGUCUGGUACAGCAAUGGGCCUGGCCUGUUGGUGGUCGACUGUGCCUCCCUGGACAUCCACCAAAGGCUGGAGCCCUACUCAGCCCCCUCAGUGGUCACCUCCAUUGCAUGCAGCUCUGAGUGCACAGGGGAGGAGGUUGUGUGGUGCCUGGACGACAAGGCCAACUCCUUGGUCAUGUACCACUCUGCCACCUACCAGCUGUGUGCCCGGUACUUCUGUGGAGACCCCAGUCCUCUGCGGGACAAGUUCCCAGUGUGGCCAACAGGCCUGGACCCCACAGGCAGCCCUGCAGCCAGCCCACAGGAGCUCCAGGGUGAUGGCCUGGCCGACAUGAGUAUCAUGUUUAGUGAAGAACGUGGCAUGCAGAUCCUUGCACACCAGGACUCACUGACCGACUACUGCUCCUUGUCCUCCUGCUCCUCGCCUCCCCAUCCGGCCACCAGUGGCCCUGUCAGCCUGCCCAGCUCCCCAGCCAGCUCGGCCAGCAUGCCAUUUUCCACGGACUUUGAGGACCCUGACCAGUCACUGGACCUGGGGGCCUGCUCGGGUCUGUCUGUGCAGGACCUGAGCCCUGUCGACGGGGAAACCUGUGGCCAGCGCCUACAGGCCGUGAAGAUCCUGGCUGUUAAAGACCUCAUUUGGGUCCCAAGGCGCAAUGGAGACAUUGUCCUCAUCGGCCUGGAGAAGGAGACAGGUGUCCAGCAAGGCCACGUCGUAGCUGUGCUGAAGGCCCGAGAACUGACUCACCGUGGGGUUCUGAUGGAUGCAGCGGUGGUAUCCAAGGACACAGUGGUGUGCGCCUUCGCAGAUGAGAACUCAGAGUGGUGCCUAGCUGUCUGGAGGGGCUGGGGUGCCAAGGAGUUGAGCAUCUUUUACCAGUCCUGUGAGGAGCUGGUCCGCUUGGAGACUUGUGCCCGCAAAAGAAGGUAG